AUGGCGCCAAAGCCGCGUUGCCUGGUCAUCGGUGCGCAGUUCUCGGGCAGCUUCUGCGCGCGCGAGCUAAAGUCGCAGUUCUUUGUUACCGUCGUCGAUGCCAAGGAAUAUUUUGAGUACACGCCAGGCGUUCUGCGGGCCUUCGUGAAGCCUGCGCACCUAGACUCCUUGACUUUCACUUUGCAGCCAGUGUUGGAGCGCAAGAUGGGUGUGAAGUACAUAUGGGGAGAGGUGAAGGAGCUAAAUGGUGAGAAGAAGACUGCCAGCAUCAAGACCAUGUCUUUCAAGACGGUGGAUGAGAUCGGUUUUGACUACUGCAUCAUCUGCUCGGGCUGUAAUUUUGGACCCUUCAAGCCCAUGGGCGAGAGCUUAUGGUUCCCGACCAUUCAUGAGGAGGGUAGGGCUGUUAGUGACUGGAAGCAUAUCGAUGAGCGUUUUCUCGAAGGCCGUCGCCGCCACGUCUUGGAGGAAUACCACAAGUUGCAGGAUCUGAACAAGAGGAAGGCAACGAUCCUUGUGGUUGGUGCUGGAUUCAUUGGAGUGGAGUGGGCCACGGAGCUCGAACACUUCUUCCCGGAUCUAAAGUUGACCAUCAUCGACUUUCUUCCGAAAUGUCUUGGGCCACUGCCCGAUAGCGCUGCAACCUACUGCUCUGAAUACAUGAAUGCCUGUGGCAUCAAGGAGUUCUACAACUGUGGCUAUGAACCCAAGAAUCCUGACUUCUGGAAGAAGGUGGAGCUUCCGAAUGGGGCCGAUGAAACGUACGUGUGCAUCGGUGUGAAAGCUUCGAACUACUUCAUGCCUAAGUGUACCCUGUCGGACAAAGGCCCCGGUGGAGGUGGUUGGAUCCACAUGAACAAGCACCUACAGGUCACAAAGAAGCCCAGCGAGGGCGGUGGCGUGUGGGCGGAUGGAACAAUCUUCGCGGUCGGGGACUGCAACUACGGCUGCAUCGGCGAGCCAGGCAAGUGGGAGCUACCGCCGGUGCCCAAGAUCUCUUACCCAGGCGAGGAGCAGGCCUUCCAUGCCUGCAAGAAUGUGAUGAAGCUCCAGAGAGGAGGCAGCAACGCCAGCAAGAAUCUGAUUUCGACCUGGUGGCCGUGGGGCGCCGGUAUGUUUGCCACAAGCCUGGGCCCGCAUGAUGCAUGCUUUGUCUUGGGUGCCAACGAGACGAAGGGUUCCGGGUACAUGGUGAACUGGUGGAUCCCGGCAGCGCUGCAGAAAGAGAUCAUUGAGAAGACGAAGGUUGAUGAGUGCCGAGACCGCUGGCUUGGCGUCCUGAUAUGGCACUUUGUGCACCAUACGCCUGUGAAUCUCGUUGGCCGUGGGCCUUGGUGUGUUUGA